AUGUCAAUGUCAUUUGAAGAGUGCGUCAGGCCGCGCUCUUUGCGCAAUGUGCCUCAAAUAGCAGAUCACGUCAUGGACCAGUUCAAAGUUUCGAAGAAAGUAUGCGUGGUCACCGGAGCUAGCGGUGGGAUUGGGCGUGCUGUUGCGGAGGCUCUAGCCGAGGCAGGGGCCAGCGUAGUUAAUGCUUGUCGCUCCGAAACACCAGAACUAGAGGCUUGGGCGGCUAAUUUGGCGCAGCGAUGCGGUGUCACCAUCGUGAACCGUAGAUGCGAUGUGACGGACGCAGUUCAGGUGAAUGAGGUGCUGGCUGCCAUCUACAAACAGUUCGGUCGCAUCGAUGUCUUCGUCGCGAAUGCCGGAAUCGCCAUCCCCAAGUCCAUUGCGGAUCAAACUCUCGAGGAAUACCAUGAACAGAUGGCUGUAAAUGUUGAUGGUGUUUUCUAUUGUGCCAAAUGCAUUGAGCCUAUCUUCAAAAAACAGGGAUUCGGGAACUUUAUCAUAACUGGUAGCAUUAGCGGGCGAGUUGUUACCGUUCCCAUUGACCAUACUGUUUACAACACCACCAAGGCCGCUGCUAUUCAUCUCGGGCGGAGUCUAGCUCGUGAGUGGCGAUAUUUUGCACGAGUAAACAUUGUGUCUCCCGGUUACAUAGACACAGCUAUGAGCACAUGUUCGGCAUCGAUCAAUGAGGCAUGUCGAAUGGCGGUCAUGGGGCGACAAGGUGAUGUAACAGAGCUUAAAGGAGUCUACACAUUUCUUGCCAGCGACGCGAGCUCUUUUAUCACUGGUGCUGAAUUCACAGUUGACGGUGGCUAUACCCUACCCUGA